AUGAUUGCACAAGUACUCACCAUGAAAGGACUCAAACAAGGAGACAAGUGUUUCAUUUGUCUUCCAAAGAGUGAGGAAUAUUUGCAAGGUUAUCUCACCUGCAUGGAAACAGGAAUUAUUUUGGUGGCAGUUCCAAAGACUGCAGACCAUGAAUAUUUAAAGAAAAUGAUUGAAAUUGUGACACCCAAUGCAUUGCUGUAUGAUCAUGGACAGUGCGAACAUGUUGUGAAUGCACUCAAAGAAUUGGUUCCUCAAGUGAAACAUUUUCACUUUGAUCAAUUGGAGAAUAUUUUCACCACAGAGUUGAAACAAUCAAAAGAUACUCUCGAAUAUUGCGCCAAUACGAUUGAACCUACAGAUUUGGCAUCAAUUGGCUUUACGAGUGGAACCACAGGCCAACCCAAAGCACUUUCUGCAACUCAUGGUAUCUUUUUAACAAGUUUAACACUCACUGUGAAAAAUGUGGAAUUGGGACCAAAAUUGGGUCAAGAAGUUUCAUUAGUUGGAAUUCCAAUUCAAGGAGCUGGAAGUGGAAUGAUCAUGCCAACACUCUUGAGUGGUGCCGCAUUACUCAUUCCCAAAGAAUUCACAGCUGAUGAAUUUUUAAGGCUGAUUCCACUUCAUCAAGUGACUUGA